AUGUUUUGCUGCAGCAGAUUUCCAACUAAAUCAUCGAAUUGUAGCAAAAGUAGUAGCACGACGGCCAAAUCCCAUGGCCCGUACCAUCAACCGUAUUCGUUGUUGGACAUAACCGCUCGGAUUGUUGCACAAAAUGAGCCAUUCCAGAAGAUCGAGGAACGGUACGACCGCAUACCAGAGCCGGUUCAGAGGCGUAUCGUGUUCUGGUCCUUUCCACGCAACGAAAAGGACAUUUGCAUGUACAGUUCCUUGUCGAGGGUAUCAUCAAUUAAUUCGGUGGAGUCGCAAAGUCUUAGUUUUUGCACUGGACUUAAGCUGGUUGAAACCGGUUGCGUGGAGAGUGUCCUUCAGGUUGGCUUCCAUCUGAGUGGAAUUGUAUGGUCACAUCCACCAAGUCCAAAUGAACGGCAGGUUAAUGGCAAUAACAUCGCCAACAACAACAGUCUAGUGUCGUCUUCCGGAAACCACAAUAAUGAAGCCAGCUUUCCAGUGCCGACGGCGAAUCCAAAUCAUUACAACAACAAUUACCAUCAUAAUCCUAACCAUCACCAGCAACAACACCAGCAGAUUCCACACAAUCAUCACGCCCAACCGCCACCACCACCAGCAUUGUCGCCACCACCUGGCCCACCGAUCGGUCGUCCGAUCGGUCUGGGACAACCACAGCUGGGAGGCUUGGCGGUAGCGGCCGCAGGAGCACCAGCGAAUGGAGUGCCGCAACCUCCACCCGGGGCACAUUUAGCACAUGUUAUUGCACCGCACCCGAUGGCACAACAGUUGCCUCUCGUUGUACACCAGUAUGGCAAUGGUGCUGCCAAUUUGGAUCAUCGAGAUGCGUUCAAUCUUUCUCUGGCAGGCCAAGGGCAAGGUGCAGGAGGUGGUAAUGUUGGGUUCGAUGAGAACAAAAAGUUCAAAGUUUCCGUUAGCUUCGAUCGAUGUAAGAUAACGUCCGUAACCUGUAGCUGCGAUACGAAGGACAUAUUCUGGUGUCAUCACGUCGUAGCCCUCGCGCUCUAUCGUAUACGAAAUGCGGACACGGUAAAGUUGCGCGUACCGAUUUCAGAGACGCUGCUGCAGAUGAACCGACAGCAGCUGCAAAAGUUUAUUCAAUACCUGAUAGCGGAACAUCACACGGAGGUUCUACCGACGGCUCAGCGGUUGGCGGAUGAAAUUCUCCAGCAGCGAUCGGAGAUUAAUUCGAUAUGCGGUGCACCAGAUCCGACCGCCGGCGCUUCUAAGGACGAUGAUCACUCGUGGCAUUUGGAUGAGACGCAGGUUUGCGAGGCGGUGAAAACCUACCUUGGUCAGGGUAGCUACUACUAUAGCAGCAAACACCUCAACUCAUUGUUUGGAAAGGUGCGCGAGAUGUUACGAGCGCAAGACUCGAACGGGGCUCGAAUGCUAACGCUCAUCACGGAGCAGUUUCUCAGUGAUCCGAGGUUGGUGUUGUGGAAGAAUCACGGUACACCUAUGACGGAUAAGUGUCGCCAGCUUUGGGAUCAGCUGGGUGCGCUUUGGGUAUGCAUCGUGCUGAACCCGAAGUCGACACACACCGAACGACUACACUGGAAGAUGCUGCUAGAAAAGUGGUCCAAGAAUGAAGUGUGUCCUCAGGAAGAUCCUGAUCUUCGCACUACGCCAUCAAGCCGAGAAAGCGUUCGUGAUCGUUCAAAUCGUGAAAGGGAACGCGAUAGGAAUCGUUUUUUUCGUGAAAAUAAUCUUCGCAACAUGAUGUAUUAUAACCAUAACCAUCACCACUACCAACAGCAACAGCAGCAUCAGUUACAAAAUAAUAAUCAGCCGAAUGAUGCCGGAGUUCAUAAUAUGCAUCGCAAUCAUGCCCACAUUCACCAUCGCUAUGGCGCGAUGAAUAAUCGUGGUAGUGGCCGUGUAGCGGAUGGCAAUCGGGAUGCGAAUCAUCACGGCGGGAAUGAUCAAUACGAUAGUUCCGAGACUGACUCAGACUCCGAAGAGGAGAUGGACGAAGCCAAUGAGGAAGAAGGGGAAGAGGGUGUCGAUGCUGGGGUAGAGGAGGACGGUAAUGGCAACGACGAUGACGGUGGUGCACACGAAGUAGAAGACCCACACGGCGAUCGGCGAGGGAUCGCGCUUGAAGAUGUCGAUCAGGUGCACAAUAUUCUUCAGGACAUAAACUUUUCCGAUGCGGCUGGAGUAGUGGGUGAUGUUCGACGAAAGAGACCUAACCGGGACGAAGAGAGUAGCGAAGUACGUAAUUUUAUGAACCUCAACUUACUGAACGUUGCUGAAGAUGAUCGGUUACCGGUACUGAUACCAGAAAACGAUGAUAGUUCGCGAGAAUCGAUGGACGUUGACGGGGUUGAAGAUGCGUCGUUGCGUCCUGGGAUUGCUAAUGCUUCCGGCAGUGGUCAAGUCGUCGGUGGCGUGGCAACGGUAGGAUUCUUCCAGAACCCGUGCAUCUGCGGAGAGGAUAAGUGCGAAUGCAAUCGGCCAGUGUUUUUAGACGAUAUUAAACCUAAGAAAUUUUUCGACUGUGUUGCUGCUUCGGCUGCGGCUGCGGUAUCCGUCGGAGCUACACCAAGUUUCGAUGAGACCGAAGAAGCAAAUCAAGAUGGCGUCGAUCUUUCUAAGGAUGAGGAAGACGAUUCUGGCCUUGCGGCGGCCGGUCGGGAAAGCCAGACGAACGAAACGAGAACACCGAAGCUUACCGAAGCGAGGGAAGAAGGGAUCGAUGGUAUCCCAGAGUCUGAAACAUCCUCCUCUUCGACGUCGUUGCUGAUUGAUGGCCUGUGCAAUAAUCAGAAAGUUCGUGAGACGAAUUUCGUAACGCCCGGGCCCUCGGGACUGAAUCGGCACCUUCAUGAUCCGACGGACAAGAAGGCGGUUGUUGAUGACGAUUGCGAUGAGUGUGAUAUAAGCAAAGGAAAAUCAGUGUGUAAUAAGAUGAUCUUGGAUGAUGAUUAUGAAAUGGCUGGACCGAGUGGAAUGGCACGUGCAUUUCAUAAUGAAAUCAAGGAUGACAAAGUCUUUCUAGCUAAAGAUGAUAUUGGAGCGAAUGACGCGAGGGAAAUAGAUGCUGCGUUGCUUGAUUCAGAGGCUAGAGCUAGUUCAAGGCGCGCUAGCAUGGAAGACGAACCAAUUGUUCUGGUGAAUGGUUCGGGAGCAUCGGGAUCUUCAGCAGCACCAACAGCAGGAGAAGUAGCAGAAGCCGGUAGUCGAGUGAAACCCGUGAACGUGGCUGACGGUAACCAUGGACCUGUUGCGGGAAGACCGUGCAAGCGGUUAAAGCUGAACAAUGGUUCGUGGGUUAGCAAAAGUGCGAACAAGACCCCAAGAACGAUCUUUCACAAGGCGCUCGACGCCGUCAACAUGACAUGGGACAAUGAGCACCUCAAGCGCAUUCUCGAGUCGGAUAGCUACCGUUUGUCGAGCCGCAAUUCGGUGCAAAUCGCUGGUUCUAGUAAAAUCCCUACCACGAACCAUCCGUGUGCCAAGUCCAACUUCAACAAUGACGGCCAGCCACUAUGGCAUGAGAAGAUAUCCAUGACUGCAGCUCGGAUCGAUUCUUUGCGUUCUCAUGGCCACAUGGAAGCCGCCUUAAGACUUUCGGUGAGUGUGGUUCGAACAAUGCGUGAAAUUCAACGAGAAGCUCAAGCCCUUUGGCUACGUAACAAGCCUAAACUUCCUCAACAGCCCCAACUACCACAAGCACACCAAGAAACUGGUUCUGCUGGAAGUUCCACUAGUUCACAGACGUCGCGUUGUAAUUGUUCGCUUCCAUCGAAACCGUUGCUUUCGUUUAAUGAGCAGCAGUCAGGAUGUAGAAAGGAGUCACUAACUUGUAGCAGUAGCAAAAGUUCUAGCCACAAUAUUCCCAUGAACUUCCUACAAACACUGCCUUCUUCUUCAGUGGCUGGCGGUGCACUAAAUUCUGGCACGAUGCAACAGCAGCAGCAGCCCAUAUUUCACCAACGCCCUCAGCACCAACAUCUUCACAACCAGCCGCCGCCACAACCGUCGACUUCGUCAGGUAUAAGACCAGGUUGUCAGUGUCAAACUCAUCGCCACACACCGAUGUUUCCACCUGCACUUCCCCCACCACCUCCACCAACAUCUGCAAUGUUGUCAGAGCAUAUGCCAGUACCGAUGAAGAAAGAUUGUUCUAAGUGUUUGCAAAUCAAAUGCUACUAUGAAUCGGUUGGCUCUAAUUCCUCAAAGCAUAAUGCUGGUUCUGUGCAAGCCGUAAUAGUAGGUUGCAGUAGCACUGGAGGCCUCAAUGGACAUCAUGCACAACCAAAUCAAACACUAGCGCCACCAUUGCAGGGGGGAGGUGUGCAACGUAUUCAUCGUUCGUCUGGAAUUAUUUGUAACUCGUCGAAAUGUAACUCAUACGUUACCAUGCCGCUUCCGCAAACAACGGAAGUGUACCGCAAAAUGCAACAUUGCUCAUCGCAGCCUGGAAGCAGUCAUCACCAUCAACAUCAUCACCAGCAGACACCACCACCACAACAACCACAUUCUAGUCGUGAUUUCCGAUAUGUGAAAUUUUCGGGAGCACCUCCACCGUCGCAUCACCAUCACCAUCCGCAACAACAGCAACCACAGCAACCACAGCAAACACAUCAUCUCCAUCACAAUCAUAAUCAACAACAGGGGCCGCAAAUGAUUGUUCCCGUAAGCGUUCGUCAUUCUCAUCCGCCGACGAGCGGAGCUCAACCAAUACCGUCAAUAUCUCGUGGUUCAUCGAGUUCAUCGGCUACAGGUUCUAAAUUCUCCACUACCACCACCACAGCCGUAGCUGCUUCUGUUUCUGGUGGUUCGUCGACAUCGUCUAUACAUAUAUCUACGACUAGUUCAGGACCAUCAAUAUCAACAUCCAGCUCCUCUGCAUCGUCGGUGCCUUCCAGCAGCUCCUCGUCUUCGUCUUCGUUAGCACCAUCAUCGUCAGCCUCUGCUGUAUCUUUUCCAGCAAAGUGUAAUUGUCCUAUACACAAAGACGACGCUUUACAACCAAUUCCCGUCGUCGCCCCCGUGUACCAUUCGCUGGAAACAAGAUCAACACCGAUGGGCACCAGUGUAUCAUGCUGUAUAAAACCGAUCUGUUGCUCUCUGGCAAUGUCCCAUCAUCCUUCGCACCAUAACUUUGCACCGCAACCCCGUCCGCCAUCUCCGUGUAGUGGUCCUUCUCAGGCUUUCCAAGUGGCUGCUCUGGGAAAGUGUAAUGGAUGCUCCGCGCACAGUUCGUCGUCGUCGGCAACCAUGUAUAGUUUAGGAUUUUAUGCAAAUGUCGCCGGAUCGUCCAGCUCAUCAUCCUCUUCUGCAGUCCACCCAGCGUCAGGUCACCAGCACCAACACCAAACGCUCCCACCUGGUAACCCUGGCUCCUCAUCUUCAAAAUCUUUUGAUCGGGUAAUGGCUGGUUCGUUCAGUGGUAACGAUUCCGAUUUGUCAGCACAUCAUCACAGAGACGACUGUCCUUUGACGCAAGCCAAAGGAAAACCGCAUUCUUCUAGUAACAGUAACGCCAGUGAUGGUAAUAGCAGCAACGGUAGCUCCACACACAAUCGUACUGCAUCGAAUGAUGGCACUGCCACUGCGACGGGUUGUUUGACGGUUUCGCUGGAUCCUAUUAAGAUAAACCGAAAGGCAAACUGUCUUGCAAAGUGUAUAGACUGUAGCGUCGGAUGUGAAGUGGAAUUCCCACUAGAUGCGAUCGCAUGCAUUUUUGACUGUCUAACGGAGGCAUCUCUAAUGUCAGAGGCGAUGACGAUGCAAAUGAACGAAGUAAACCGCAUGGCGUUCGACGCUGCAGGCGGGGCUGCUGGAAUAGCGGGGGGAGGAAAUGGUAAUUUAGCUGCACCUGAAGACAUCAACAUAAUAACACCAAAGUAUCGGCACCAUCCGAUCGCUGAUUCUGUCGAUCGCAAUGAAACCUAUCUCACGCUUGCCUUUGAGGCAGCCAUUCUGGCGCUUAGCAAACAGCGCAUCAUGCCGCACGGUCUUUAUGCGCAACAUGUGAUCUGCAAGCAGCAAGACCAGCUGAUCCAACGGCUGCGCAGUAUUGAUUUGGAUGCUGUGCUGGUCGGCGUAUUACGCAAGCUCAGUCUACAGCUGCUUGAUGCAGGCCCGACCAGUGGACUCGGUGAAAUGAUACACCCCGAGUCGGUGCCUAUGCAUACUUUGGCACGAUUUCUGUUUGCUUCGCUGCUUAAUCAACAUUCGGACCUAGCAUUUGACAUUGGUUUACGGGCGAUGCGCUUUCCGAUACUGGAGAACAUAAACGAAGGAUCGGUGAAUGGAAUUGAGCUUCAGCACAACAACUUUAUGCACUCUCCGUACCCGCGCUGGUGGACACUCGGUCAUCUGGAAACACAGCAAUGCUCCCUUAGUUCGACGAUGCUAAGUGCGGCGAAAGGUGAUACCAAACGACUUUCGGCUGUGCUGCAAAAUGCACGUCGCAACAUUCAUAGCAGCUCUCAUCUGUUCAAGCUUGCCCAGGAUGCAUUUCGCUUUGCUACUCCAGAUAAUGGCCAGCGAAGCCAAACACUGCUGGGAGUGGCCUUCGAGUUGGGUCUCCAGGUUAUGCGUAUGACUCUCACCUGCCUUAAUUGGCGACGUCGUGAAAUGGUUCGAUGGUUGGUCACUUGUGCUUCACACGUCGGUAUCGACGCCCUUCUUUCGAUUAUGCAAAAUUGGUACCAUUUGUUCACGCCAACGGAAGCGACCGGGCCGGUUGCGACAACGAUUAUGUCACACUCUACAAUCAUGAGACUGAAUCUCAAUUUCCGGCAGCAAGAUGAGCUCUCAAAUUGUGCACGAACGCUAGCUUUACAGUGCGCAACAAAAGAUCCGCCGAACUGUGCGCUGAAUGCUCUGACGUUAUGCGAAAAUGAUGCUAUGGCCUUUGAAACGGCUUACCAUAUUGUCAUCGAUGCAGCCACUCACAUUAUGACAUCUAGUCAGCUCUUUACCAUCGCAAGAUAUAUGGAACAUCGUGGAUAUCCUGCACGGGCUUACAAUUUGGCAAUGUUAGCUAUGAAGAACGUGCAGCUAGCAUACAACCAGGAUACGCACCCGGCUAUAAAUGACAUCCAUUGGGCAUGUGCGUUGUCACAUUCACUCGGUAAAGCGGAAUUAUCUAAAAUGAUUCCGUUGGUGAUUAAAAACGUACAAUGCGCCACUGUGUUAUCGGACAUCUUGCGAAGAUGUAGUGUUCCGACACCUGGUUUGCACAACUUUGGGGCUCAUGGUCGCGGAAAUAAUUUGAGACAAUGCAUCAAGCUUAGUUACGAUCGAGAACCACUUAAUCAAUUGCUGGAAGCAGCAGUUUCCGCUUAUGUGAAUACUACUCACUCACGGUUGUCACACAUCUCACCGCGUCAUUACAGUGAUUUUAUUGAUUUCCUUAGCAAAGCGCGCGACACCUUCAUGUUGGCACGCGAUGGACCAGCCCACUUUUCUCGUUUGAUUGAAAACAUAACGAUUGCUUACAAGGGCAAAAAAAAACUCGUUCGACAGGUUCGACAACGUUUCCAGUUCGUUUAAAGUAGACAUUUAUGUCACGGUUCUUAGCUUAUUACCUUAUCUUACCCUACCGUACCAUAGCUGCAACAAUUUAUAAGCCUAUACGAAACAAAAAACACCGCUAACGUAUGUUCCCACUACAAACAUUAUUUAAAAGCUCCGAUUGUUCUCACCGUGCCCUCGCUGUUUGUAUAUUUAUACAUGCGUAUACAAGCGUAGCUUUUCUUUUUCCAAUAAUAUUUUAUUUUGAUGAAAAUAUGUCUGUUCUCAUAGAUAAGACGAAUAUUUAAUUUCUAAUUACUAGGUAGGGUAACAAAUUUGAUCAAUCAUUGUCGCGACUAUCUUUGUCAUAAAGUUCUAUGAAGUCAUAUGCAUUGGCUACUAAGUACUUUGGCUUAAAAUGCAUUAAUUGAUAAAAGCCGAAGUAGAACAAAUUUCAUGUGGAAAAGUUUAAAGUAAAUCAUGUGUAUAUAUUGUAAUUCAGAAUUGCAUCAACUGUCCACUUUCGUUUUGAUGUUUAUUGUUUAAAUGUUACGUUCUAUAUUUCAAUGUUGGUCUCUUAUUUGAUGCACAGAUUAUUAUUGUUAGGAUUUCACAGGCUUGAAUUAAUUUUCUUAGCAUUCAAGUUCACUUCUCUUUCUUUUGGUUUGUUAUGGGGCCUUGUUGUGGGUUGAACCAAAAUGCCGAAAUUAAAGUUUCCAUCUGGGUCUAGCUAAGUACAACAUGCCAAUACACGUCUUUUACGACAAGGAAUUGAUCUCAGUAGCAGUCAGUUGUAUUUAAGGUUUGUUUCUGUAUUACCAGAGUUCUAUGUUCCCACAACAGCGACGAUUCUUUCACAAUGUAAAAAGAAAAUGCAAACUUAAAAAACGGAUAUACCAGCCCUUGGAAGUUUUCGACGAUUACAGUUGCAAAGAGUAUGCAAAGAGAUAGUUAAAUCCUAUAAGAAGCUAUAGACGUUAUUUAGGAGACGAUAAGAUAUGAAAUGAGAAAGUGGGACUGUAAAAUAAUAAACUAAAUAAAUUAAAAGCAUAGUGAACAAGUUCCCGACCGAAUCGAAGCGAACGAUAGAAUUAUCAAAUGCCAAAUAAUACAAAUUGAAAAAGAAACGUACUGAUUUUAAGAAAGCAACCCGAACCAUGCCACUGCGCAUCGCAUUGUAAACCAACAGCAAGACACUUUAUAGAGAACCAUAUUUGUAUUGUUAAUCUCAUGAAUCUAUUGCAUUUCUUGAACGUGCCACAUAAUUCCCCAAUGAGAUACAAGCAAAACAAAGACAAACAAAAGAGAAAAGGUUGGAUUUUACAUAACAUUUCUUUAAUAAUUAGCAGAGGACAGAAUCGUUUUAUUGAUUGUUCGUUGAGCUCCUCAUACUUUGUUGUGACACUUAAUUUUAUAUAUUUACUACCAUCGGUAUUUUCCAUUAUUUUUCACCUACCUCCAUUCUCUUAGUGUGAUUACGACAACCAGUUUUAGUUAAGCUUAGACAUUAGGAUAGCGAAAUAUUACAAAAUGUGAGAUUGCUCUCUAAAUGAAAUGAAAGAAAAGUUUGAACGAGGAAGUAUACACUAUGACACUAAUCAUUCUAGCAAUGCCCCCGCUUUAAUGAAUACCCUGAAGUACAUUUAAAAGCAAAGGAAAACUAAAUAAAUAAAACCAUAGCAGUGUUAAACCAUAGUAUAGCUUAUGGGACUACAGUAAAGUAAAACUGAGACUAUUGCAUUGAUAGACGUAACUUAUUCUGUGACUUUUGGUUAACGAAAUACAAGAAAACAAACUGUGCAUAUAUAUUUUUAUCAGUAUUAGUAUAACGAUAAAACGAAAGGCAUAAGGUAUAGGAAUACAAAACCAUACUUUUUGGUUACUCGUAGCUUAAGCUGAAGAAAAUAUCAAACCUGCUUCUUCCAUUUUUUUCUGUGCUUUUGGGAUUACAAAUUUUCUUUGGGCACAAUGAAAGGUAAAAUACAACACCGUAACACGAAAAACCAUAAAUACCAGAAAACGCCAAAUUCGAAUGCUCUUCCAAUUUUUUAUGUUAUGCCCUUUCAAACGAUUUUGCAUACUGUAAAAAAAUACAUUGUUCUGAGAUAAAGAGGCGGCAUUACAGAAAAAGAGAACACACUGAUGUUAAAGUUAACAUCCUGCGUCACUGUGCCGAGUAUGCACUGUUCGUUGAACAACACUCGUAGAAACAUAAUCACGAAUAUUGUUGCAAUACGUGCAUCAUUCCUGCUGCUCCUUAGUUUUUCACGCGAAUUUUCUUGGAAUAUAAUACACCCGAUUUCGGAGUCGCCCAUACAGUUGGCCCAAAUAUUGUGUGUUAAACAUUUACGUGGUGCCCAUCAAGCACCUAUUAUAUUAUCAUAAAUUAUAUUAAUGCUAAUAGUAACAAUAUUGAUUGUAAUACAAUGAGAAAACCUAACAAAAACGAUCUUACUAUUUGCAGUAGGUAAGAAAGAUAGCUAAAUUUAACAUUUCUUACAAUUCAAAACAUAAACGCAGCAUUGCCUCGUUCCUAUAGUCGCUUUGCAGCAUGGUGGCAGCAUACGAGGAGGUGGUACUAGAGUCCUCUGUGCACCUCGCCGAAGACGGGAUCUAGUUACGAUGUUGAGAACGUAAUAAAAUCUCAGGACUGGUUAUAAAAGAUACAUGAAUAAGAAAUUUAGGAACUCAAACCAAUGUAGUAGAAAUAGCUGCCCAGAGUGGUUUAGACACAAAGGAAGAAAGGAGGAACAAGCAGUGUUCAUGCAAAAUGGUAAUU